AUGUUCUGGCAAACCGAGUUAGCGCCGUCAAGCGGGCCCUCUUUGGAUGAUUUGCUGAAUGCCGAGAAUGUAAAUUUGGACGAUAUAAUUUUUAAUGAACUAACAAUUCAAGAAAUUCGAAACGGACAUGAAAAACUCGCAAAUUAUUUAACAUCUCCGAACGUAAUCAGUGAAUUAGUUCUGGGUGCUCUGAAACCUCGAAUUGAUACUUCAUUGCCCGAAAAAGAACAGUACAAACGUGCUCACCAGUGUGCUGAAAUAUUAUCGUUAAAUAACGAACAGUUGAGUGUGGCGAUGUUAACAAGUAAUGAAUCAAAAAGUCUACUACUGAAUUUCCUAGAAGAUGAUAAUAUAAAUAAUUUGAUCGCUAGCUUCUACAUGAAAAUUAUCUCACAACUACUCAGUAAAUGUACCGACCAAGUGAGUUAA